AUGUUUUCUGACGCCCAACUAGACCAGUUGACGGUGCUCAAGCGACUGGGGAUAAUUGUCAGCAACAUGGAGCUUCUCGCAAACAUGAAGGUCUUGUACGUGAGGGUGGCGGAGACGGUCACGGAGGCUUUCUUCUUGCCGGCGUCGGUGACCGAGUUGGGGGUGUGGCUGACGUGCGGCGUCGACGGCAUCCCGCCGCAACUCAAGGUGUUCGAGUACCAGGAUGUCGUGACCGUUGACGGCGCUCCAUAUGAAGUUGCUGUGGCUUCGCAGAGCCUCGAGCGCAUGGUAGUCAACCGCGCACACGAUGUGACGAUUGAGUGUCCCCACCUUACCUCGUUAUCGGUGAAGUGGGUGGCGGAACUUGGCGGACUUGUGGCUCCGAAGUUGGAGACGUUGGAGGCAACCAAGACGCUGAUCGCCUUGGAAGGGCUUCCCCGGCUUGAACAUGUUGUGAUGAGAGGGAAUGGGCCUGAGGACGGAAGCCAUGAGCAACGAGUUGUCGUCAGCCAUCGGCUCAAGUCUGUUACCAUCGAGCACAUGGUGUUGCUGGAGGUCUAG